AUGGAAAGCUGGGAAGAGUCACAAGAAUCCAUCAAAGCUGAAAUGAGUCAGUUGAAGGACCAGGUUGGACAAAUCUUGGUUGCCCUUGAAGCCCUGAAGGCUACUGGAGAGUCUUCUUCUACACUGUUUGGCGGGAAUGCCCAUUUUUAUCCCCCGUUUUUCAAUGCUACUAGCCAAUCGAUUCCUUUCCCGUUGUAUGGGUUACCCCCGGGAUAUACUCCUUCCGUAGGAGAAUAUAUCGAAGGGGGGCACGUGUCGUUUCCCAUUCCUACAACUAUUGAUAUCCCGCCAGUCACCACUCAUGGACCUACCUCUGUGUCAGCUCCCUUGGUAAGUGCUCAAACGAAUGAACCGAUCACAGUUGAAGGAACACGAGUGACUACGAUACCGCACAUAAUUGUUAACCACGAUUCUUCAGCAAGAGCCGCAUCACAAACCGCGGCGCGUGCAGGAAUCGACAUCAGUAACGGUGCUAAAAACAGACUGGAGAUUCUGGAGGAAAAAAUGAGGGCUAUUGAAGGGAUGAAAAACUAUGGGUUCGGAAAUGUUGCAAGACUAAGUUUGGUUCCUGGAGUAAAAAUACCAUAUAAGUUCAAGGCGCCCGAAUUCGAGAAGUACAAGGGUGAUACAUGCCCUAAGAACCAUCUGGCCAUGUAUUGCAGAAAAAUGGCUGCGUACGCAUAUGACGACCAGUUACUCAUCCAUGUUUUCCAAGACAGUUUGGUUGGGGUAGCAUUAAACUGGUAUACCCACUUGGAGCCCUCUCAAAUCCAUUGUUGGGCAGAUCUAGCCGACGCCUUUGUAAAACGGUAUAUAUACAACACGCAUGUAGCACCGGACCGUCUACAAUUACAGAAUAUGGGAAAGAAAGACAAUGAAACCUUCAAGGAAUAUGCCCAACGUUGGAGAGAAUUGGCCACACAAGUGGAGCCGCCUUUGUUUGAAAAAGAAAUGGUGGCAAUGUUCGUAAAUACGCUUCAGCCACCAUUUUAUGAAUAUAUGGUGGGGAAUGUGUCCGCCAAUUUCGCUGAUGUCGUCAUAAUUGGCGAGAGGAUAGAGAUUGGGGUCAAGAGUGGGAAGAUUGCAGGUGGUCCAUCUACGAUGGAAAACUCUAAAAAGAAGCCUUCUUUCAAUCCAGGAAAGAAAAAAGAGGGAGAUGUGCAUGCAACAUUGGCAAUGCCUGUAUGGAGAGGUCAUGCUCCUAUUCACAAUUAUAAACCAUACCUGGGCCAACCUCCAUAUUCAGCCAAUGCGGCUUUUGCUCAUCCAAUCAGGCCUCAACAACAACAAGGAUUCUACCAAUCACAACCCGUCACAAGUAAUGCUUGGAGGACUGGGCCAAGUGCAAAUCCAAAUCCGAAUGUAGGUCAAGGCGGUUAUCCGGGAAGAACCCAGGAAAGAAACUUUGUCCACUUCACCCCCAUCCCCAUGACUUACACUGAAUUAUUACCUCACCUCAUCAAAAGGGGUCUGGUUGCUAUAUGUCCAAUGAUACCCCUGCAGCCUCCAUACCCUAGGGGUUAUGAUGCAGAUGCCAAGUGUAGUUAUCAUGGGGAAGGCGUGGGUCACUCAACCGAGAGGUGUAUGGCUUUCAAACAUAAAGUACAGGCCCUGAUUAACGCUGGGUGGCUAAAAUUCCAAGAAGAUAAACCUAGCAUUGAUACUAAUCCGUUAUCCGGACAUGGUAAUACCUCGACAAAUGCCAUUGAAAUUAAGAAGCAUGAACUGAUAAGGGAUGCAAGUAAGAUCCAAAGUUCCAGAAGGUUUAUUUUCAAGGAAUUAUUAAAGUUGGGUUUUUUAAACGGGGAUUAUGAUUUGGAAAGAGCAUGUGGACUCCAUCCAUGCACGGAACACUCUAUCGAGGAAUGCGUUGAAUUCGAAAAGUUCCUACAAGAUCUGCUUGAUAGGAAUUUGAUGCAAGUGUGCUAUGAAGACAAGCAUGAGGAGGUGUUUGCACAAACUGGUAUGGAGCCAGAUGCAGCUUUGCCAGAGCCGUUGAUAAUCCGCUUCACUCAAACCACCCCUACACCAGUAGUUCAAGGAAGAUCACCCUUUGUCAUCCAUACACCAGUUCCUUUUCCUUACAAAAGCGAUAAAGCUGUCCCUUGGAGGUAUGGGACACAUGUAGUCGAUGAAGGACAGUGCAUUGAAAGCCAUUUCUCUAGCUGGGAUCCAGUUGUUGAAAAUAUAUCAGGCAUCGGCGGAAUGACGAGGAGUGGUCGAAUCUUCACGCCACCAAAUUUGACGGGAAGAGGAGCUAGUAAUAAUGAAACACCAAUGGAUGCAAAUACUAAGGAGCAUUUAAAGGGGAAAGGGGUGCAAGUAGAGGAGACCUCUGACAAGGCAGACAAGAAAGAAAUCUCUGAGGAAGAGGCCUGCGAAUUUUUAAAAUUCAUUCAACAGAGUGAAUAUAAGGUGGUGAAGCAGUUGAAACGCAUGCCUGCUCGGAUUUCCUUGUUAGAAUUGCUUAUGCAUUCUACCUCUCAUAGAAAGUUGUUGAUGAAGGUACUCAGUGAGGCUCAUGUCGAGCAUGGUAUUUCGUUGAACAAGUUUGAGGGUAUCGUUGGCAACAUCAUCGCUAAUAAUUACCUCACCUUUACAGACGAGGAGAUACCCACUGAGGGGAGAGGUCAUAACAAGGCUCUUCAUGUCUCCGUGAAAUGUUUAGAUCACGUUAUAGCACGCGUCUUGGUGGACAAUGGUUCCUCUCUCAAUGUCAUGCCAAAAUCAACAUUGGAAAAGCUACCCUGUGAUGGAAUGCAUAUGAAACCAAGCUCUAUGAUUGUGAGGGCAUUUGACGGCAGUAAAAGGGUAGUGAUGAGAGAAAUUGAAUUGCCCGUUCAAGUCGGUCCUUGUGUCUUUCAAGUGACCUUUCAAGUUAUGGAUAUCCUCCCGGCUUAUAGUUGUUUGUUGGGUCGCCCGUGGAUCCAUUCCGCAGGAGUUGUGCCUUCCACACUACACCAAAAGCUGAAAUAUGUUAUGGGAGAUAAGUUGGUGAUAAUAUCAGGAGAGGAGGACCUCCUUGUGAGUGGACCAUCGUCCACGCGAUAUAUUGAGGCAGCCGAGGAAGCUCUGGAAACAGCUUUUCAAUCAUUAGAAAUUGUGGGAAACACCUAUGUUGAGCCAUUUUCUAUGAACCCACAUUUAUCAUGCACCUCUAUCAUGGCAGCCAAGGUCAUGCUGAAAGAAGGUUAUAAGUACGGGAAUGGUUUAGGCAAGUAUGGACAAGGACGUACAUUCCCAUUGGAGAUGAUUGGGAACAAAAACAGAUAUGGCCUGGGGUAUAGACCCAACAAGGAAGAUGACAAGAGGUUGAUUGAGGAAAGGAAGGAACGCAGUCUGGCUCGAAUGGGGAAAUGGGAACCAAGGGCAAAGAAAAUCCACAUUUGUGGUAUCAAAGAGAGUUUUCGCAGUGCUGGAUGGGUGAACACUAGUCAUAUAGCGGUGGUGGAAGAGGAAGCAAGAUCUGAAAGCUCAAACUUCGUGUGGGUUUGCUCCCCAGGUGCACGACUCAACAAUUGGAGGACUCUGGAUUUACCCGUGAUAUGUAAAUCAAUUGAAAUAUAUGACAAUGAAUGUUUUGAAAAUAAAAAUGUCAAUAUCCCUAAGUGGGAGCACCCUGUCAUUAAUGCGGAAGAUGAUCCGGAAGAUGAUCCGGAAGAUGAUACGGAAGAUGACUUGGAACCCUCUCCAGAGCUCUUGAGAUUAGUGGAACAAGAGUCUAAAGAGAUAAAACCCCAUCAGGAGGAUGUUGAAAUACUCAACUUGGGAGAGGAAGGAGAGAUAAAGGAAACUGAAAUGGCUCAUGGAAAAUCCAGCAAAGCAUUUGGGAAACAUCAAAGUAUGGAAUUGAAAUGA